CGCACGGUUUGUCUCCGGUCGGCUUCCGUACCCCCACCAGGAAGUGACAACACUUCCAUCCAGUGUGUGUGUCUGUGUGUGUGUGUGUCUGUGUGGCGGCGGUUACAACUCAUUCAUUUCAAAAUGCGUAGAAGAACCGAAGCUCAAGCAUCCAGCAGCGAGCCCGAACAUGAAAGAAACAGAAAGGAGCCCCAGCAGAAAGCGCAGAGCCGAGCUGGAGGCCGAGCGUCUUACGGCUCCGCGCUCAUCACCGUCGGAAAGUGUCUCCUCGUGGUCCUCUUCGUCCCUCCGUUCCUCAACUACGCGUCUCUGCAGAGAGAAGGACAGAUGCUGUUGCCCGAAGAUGGUCAGAUUGUUGAUGUUGGUUUGGGUCAAAAGAUGCAUCUUCUGUGUAAAGGACAAGGACAGCCAGUUGUCAUACUAGACGCCCCGACUGGAAUGUCUUCAGAAGUUUGGUUCCAUGUACAGGAAAGUGUGGCCACCUUAACAAAGGUGUGCACCUUCGACAGAAUGGGACUGGGCUUCAGCAGGCGGCUGCUGCCCAAUGAAACCACAGGAACCGAGAAAGUCUGGGGGGUGUCGACGACUGGACGGAUGGUGGAUGAUCUGCACCGACUCCUGCAGGCCGCUGCCAUCGCCAAGCCCUUCAUCCUGGUGGGCUCGGAGCUCGGCGCGCUCAACGGGAGGUUCUACAGCCACAUCCACGACGUGCAAGUGUCGGACCUCGUGCUGAUCGAUCCCAUCCCAGAGGACGUUUUUGAGGACGAGCAGUGGACGCAGUACUGGUAUGGUAAGCUGUUGCCCUCCCUCCAAGCCAGGCAGUUCUCAGCAGCUACGGGGCUGAGCCGCAUGCUUCUCAUCCUCGGGGUGAUCCAACCGACCCUUACAGAUCUAAAUGUUUCCGAGGACGUCAUCCAGCGUCAGAAAUACCUUCUAAGUAACCCGGCCCACCAGAGCAGUGCUGUGGACGAGCAUUACUUUCUGAAUGAGAGUGCAUCUCAAGUGAGGGACAUCACAAAGUAUAAGCCCCUCUCCAGCAGUACGUCAGUGAGCGUGAUCACCGGCGAUUACUUUGACCAGCAGAUACCAGAACAUCUAAACCAGAUGGUCGCCGAGCUUCAAAAGAAGUUUCUGGAGGAGUCCUACCCGUCAGCCAAUCACAUUCACAUAAAAGGAGCCGACCGGCGAAUGAUCUACAAGGAGCCAUCUGCCAUCAGCCAGCACCUGAGGAAGCUCGUCAGCCGACGACAAGCCAAACAGCAGAGCCAGUGACCCGCGGCCAACGUGCGGCCAACGUGCGGCAAUAGCGCCGACACGGACGGGGUGAUCGUUGAAUAUGUUUUAAAUAUUCAAUAAAAUAUUAGGUAUCUUUUCUUUUUUUUUUUUUCUUAGUAAAAGCUAAGGUUCUUUGAAAAGUCCACUUUUAAAUUGAAAAUAACCGUAGGGCUGUUUGGUGCGAUGACAUAUUUGCUGUCUUAGUUGGAAAAUCUUAUCUUUCAAGUUUAUAUUUCAGUCUCUUAACCUGAUUGGCCAGAGACAAAAUUGAAUACAUUACUCCUUAUCAAUGUAAAGGCCACACGCGCCGGCGCUCAUUUUAUCUCAUUUGGUUCAGUCUUAACAUUCCGCCUUGUUACAGCCACAGGGAACUACGGUGAGUCUCUCUCGCGCUCUCGGGGGCGUCAGCUCCAGUCAUUUGUUACUCGCAUAUAAUUGGCUUAGAUCAAACAGUUGUAGACCUCCAUCUUUGGACUUUUAAUCAGCGAACAGAUGAGUCUGUCCUGCAAAGCUUCAUUUCUGUAAACGUUUGCGCCUGUUUUUCUCUGCACUGAUCUCACUUUUGGGCGAAAGAAAGAGCCGACAGCGAUGGUUUAUCCUGAGGAUUUAAGUUUAAUUAUGACACCACAUCAAAAUAAAAAUUUCCAACAGAUCUGGAAUUUAAUUCCAUCGAUAUACAUGCAUAGCAACAACGUUUUAAGAAACAUUUUCUCCCAUAAUCAGGACAUUGGAAUGAUCAUUGUACAUCAGUAUCCCCACUGACCUCCCACCCAUCUUGUUCAUCAGCAAUAAACGUAAUUCUUGUACAACUUUUUUUUUCUUCCCUUCGGGGGUUACAAAUAAUUAUAUGCACAGUCCCCCCUUCCAUAAUACUGCUUUUCAGUAAUGUUCCCUCAUUUACAAAGUAUUGCAUGGAGAGCAAAAUUUCAAAAAGGGAGACCAAAAUGUAUCAUCAAACGGAAAUACGAGUACUAUACAAGAAUGCUGCCAUCGUCAUGAAAACAUCCACAUCCGAGUUGAAGAAAAGAGACGGGGACAAACAGCCACAUAUGUAUGCAAAGCCUUGUGCAUAUGUCGAAAAUGUGAGUUGCAGGGUUGUGCCUGUUAUCACCCCCAAAUGGUGAUUUAUUUAAGGCAAACAAGUCAUUAGUAGCAAUCUGCAAGUGACAUUUUGGGCAUAUACAGAAACUGGUACAGCAAAUAAGAAUACACAAGUGCCUCAGUAGCUAUUUUAGUGUCUAAAAUGCAUUUUUGUAUUGUCUGUUUCAUUGAGCCUACACUACAGUGUAAACAAUGUGUGCUACACAAGAAUGACUAUACAAUUACAUUACAAACAACUCUGAUAUAAAUUUCAUUUUGAAUUUAAAUUAA